AUGCCGAAGAUCAAGAGCUUUGCGCCGAGCUGGCUCAAUGAGCCAUCUCCCGCUCAUAAGCUCUUCGAGCAGCCGAUUGACGAUGGGAGGGGUUCUGCGGGGCCUCCGUAUGGCACGAGGAAACCGAAGCCCGGGCCAAGGCGAACCAUAGCGCGUCGGGGCACUGAGGUGUUUGUGGCAGUCGGGAAGCAAAUACGAUGGGGCGAUCUUGCCUACCUCAAGGAAUCGUGGGAGACAAAGCCCGGGCACUCCAACUUGGUAACCCGUAUCAAGAGAGAGGGGUCUGACGGCUCUUUUGAAGCCGAGGAUGGUUCUGGAAUUGACGGUUCCCUUUUGGGCCGUGGACUAACAACAUGGGACAUUCAGAUCAUUAAGACACCGGUGGCCGACGAUAUCCGCCAGCUGGUAAUUUCGCCGAAUCAAGAUCUCCUCGCCGUUUUGACCUCUCACACCAUACACAUCUGCCUUCUACCUGACUCCUCGCAUCUUUAUGCCCGGGAUGCUACGCCAUUCAAGCCCAAGUUCUGGACCCUUGGACCGACGACACAUGUUACCUCACGUCCGGCAGUCGUCUCUGCGCUAUGGCAUCCUCUGGGCGUGAACGGAACGGCGCUUGUCACGGUUACGGAAGACGCGGUCGUGCGCAUCUGGGAAUUGUCAACGGCCGAUCGUUGGACCUUUGAUUCAGCCACCCUCGCCAUUGAUCUGAAGCGGCUGGCGGAUGGCACAUCUUUGGACCAGGAUUUUGGGGUUUCGGUGUCGGCCACCAACAAGGGAUUCUCGCCUGAUGCGUUCGACAUGGAAGUUGCGGCCGCGUGCUUCCCUGCUAGAGCCUCCGGCGGCUGGUCACCGAUGACCUUGUGGGUCGCUAUGGCAGGCGGCGAUGUGUACUCGCUUUGCCCGCUGCUGCCACAGCGUUGGGCACCGCCCCCUACCUUGAUUCCCUCUCUCUCGGUUUCUAUCGUGGCUGGGGUUGCAGCGACGGAGGAUGACCCCGAAGCUUCUGCCGAUACCCGCUUGUUGGCCCAGCAGCAGCUAGACUGGAUGUCCGAUUUGGAUAAUCAGGAGCCCAAGAUUUUGGAGGGUGGCCUUGGCGAACCUCCGGUAGAGGUUUAUACCCGUCCAACAAGGCCUGGCAUCGUCCCAAGACUCCAAGGCCCGUUCGAGUUUGACUUGAAUCCAGAAGACGAACAAGACGAUGAGGUGGAACUCAAGGACAUUUACGUCAUUGGGGAGAAGGCUCGUCUCAAUGAUUUGAUGAUGGGUGAAGAGGAAGAACUGGAGGUGGACGAAGAGGAAGGCAGUGGAUUGUCACUAACGGUCGUUUGUCUUCUCUCUACGAGUGGUCAAGUCAAGAUCUGUCUGGAUGUGAACGGAGUCGAGGCCCAAUGGCUUCCUCCCAAGCAAAAGAAUAGGUCCAGGGCGUUCACUGCGCCUCCCAACACCCCCUCCCUAUUGACAUUCCAGACCUUUGACACGCUCAAGCCAGUCGAGGUUUUGCCGGAUAGUUGGCCCAUGUUCAGUGAGGACACCGCCUCUCGCUAUUCUUUUUACGUCACACACCCCGCAGGCAUUACUUCUGUUUCGCUGGCCCCGUGGGUGUUCCGGCUUGAGAGCGAGCUUCAGGGAGACGGAGAGGCCGGGGCGGAUUUCCGUCUUGACCUGCUUGUCCGAGGACAAGGCUCGGAGCGGGAGCGCAUCUACACACAACCUCGUGGACAGAAUUCACUCGCAGCAGCAACGGUUAUCCAGGACCCGGACCUCGGCCACUUUGUUUUGUCCGCUACCCACCAAGACCCGGUCGUGCUUUUCUUCGAGACACCCAUACGUGAAGUUGCCCCCAGGGAAUCCCCAGAGGCAGUCUUUGAGCGCGUCGAGCUUCCGCAGCUAGACCUCGGAUGGGAGCCACGACCGCUUUUCCAUGCUUCUGAAGCGUUGGAUCAGAAGAGCAUGAUGCCCACGUGGAUUGAUCACUUGAAGACAGGCAGAAGACGUCCGCUGUUCCACCAGGAAGUGCGACUCUCAAUGGCGACACUCGAAGUCUUUACUGAAGGCCACAAGGUUCUCGCUAGCGAGGUGGAUAACAUCAAUAGUGCGGUUGCGCAACUGUUCAGGAGGUGCCAGACGCUCCAGGAGGAACUCAGGCAGCAGAUUGAAAAGGCGAAUGAGGGGAAGAAGCAGGUCGACGUAAUUACUGGUGAGGACUCGGGUGAUGAGUCACCAGUUUCACAAGAUAACAUCACGCGCAACCGCCUUCGCCAAGCUCGGGAACGACAAGAAGAGCUCGCGAGUAGGAUGGAAAAGCUUAAGCGACAGUUGGGCAGGGCGACGAGCCGGGAACUGAGCGAGAAAGAAAAGGCGUGGGCCGAUGAGGUACGGGCGCUAGGGAGCAGCAUUCUCGGCCCCGAGGCAGGCCAAACAUCGUCACCGGCUUCGUUGUCGCCUUCUAAGGCUCAGCAGCCCUGGAAACGGUUCGAGGAGAUCAAGGCGCUCCGGGAUGCCCUGACGGCACAGGCGGAACAGCUGCAGCGGGCCCGCGACGGCCCCACGGACGACGCAUCACCCUCUCCAGUGCCUGGCCUGAGGAUCCCGACCGAGGUACGCAGGCAAAAGAUGGCCCAGGUCAUCGGCCUCUUAGAUCGUGAAACUGCUCUUGUGGAUGCCGUGAAGGCCCGCAUUGAACGACUCAGUAUUGGCUAG